AGAGAAAGAGAAAGAGAAAAUGGUAUUGGGAAAACGUCAUAACUCUUUGAUCAAGAGAACAACAAGUAUGAAAAUGAUCACAGUCGAUACAGACAUGAUCUAUGAUCAUGCAUCUCAGCCGUCCGAUCAUCUAACCAUUCGUCAUAAUCUGACGGUGAUGGCUACUCAGAACGAUGUCUUUGCAAACGAAAUCUUUGCCAUCGUCGUGACAUUUAUAUGUAUAGAGGGGACAACGCAUUUUGUAGCUUAGAGUGCAGGGAGAAGCAAAUUAAGCUGGACGAGAGAAAAGUAAAAACCCGCGCCGUAUUAUCCAAGAAACCAAUCCGGGUUUAAUUGAUCAUUGUGAUCUAUAAUAAAUUAAUAAUUAUUGUUUUUUUCCUUACGAGUAAAAUUAAUACGUUUGGUGUUUUGUAUAUAAAGAAUAAGAGACACAAAAAAGUGGACCAAAAAAAAAAGAGACACGAAAAAAGACGAGAAAAUGAGUUUAAAUGAUUGUAAUUAAUGACUAAUGAUCCAUAUUAUACAUCAUAAUCCAAAACAUGAUAAUGUAUGAGAUGUCGAGUAAUUGAGUUUGACUUGUUCGUGUGAUUUUUCUUUGUAAUAUGCAAUAUAUAACAUAAUAUCAAUGUUUGAUGUAAUUUCAGGUGGUUUUCUAGUUGUUGUAACACAAAACUGCAAAAGAAAAGGAAAUAUA